UCCUGCGAGCUCAGCUGAUCAGCAGGAGGAGGAAGGCCGGUUCUUCCAGGGAGGAAAAAACCAGGAGCGGAUAGGACGCCUCUGUGCCCCUUUACUCUGGAGUAGGUCCCGCUGAGCUCUUGUGGGAGUGGAUCCAAAGGGAGGCACUCUUGAUUUCGCAGCCCUCUGGGUGUCUCCUCAGAAGUAAGUCCCAUGGAGUUCCCUGGGGGUUACUCCUAGAAUUGACAUCCCAUCUUCGGAACGAUCGUCUGGAGCUUUCACAGCUCUGUGCUGACUCCAAAAUGGAUAUCGGAGGUGGUGGCUGUGGCCGGAUCCCGUAUGAUGACUAUCCCGUGGUGUUUCUGCCUCCCUACGAGAGCCCUCCUACCUGGAUCCCUCCUCAUGAAAGAAUUUACCAUUCGGAUUAUAACAACGAGCUGACCCAAUUCCUGCCUCGUACCAUUGUGUUGAAAAAACCUCCAGGGGCACAGCUGGGCUUUAAUAUUCGAGGAGGAAAAGCAUCACAACUGGGGAUCUUCAUCUCUAAGGUGAUCCCGGAUUCAGAUGCACACCGAGCUGGAUUGCAGGAAGGAGACCAAGUGCUGGCAGUUAAUGACGUCGACUUCCAGGAUAUCGAGCACAGCAAGGCUGUGGAGAUCCUGAAAACUGCUCGGGAGAUCAUUAUGAGAGUCCGAUUCUUCCCAUAUAACUACCAGAGGCAGAAGGAGCGAACGGUUCACUAGAAAUCCCUUCCCAGCUGGCAGCUUUCUCUUUGCAGAGAGUCCACCACCCUCCAACCAGAUUCUUCUUUUCGCCUUUUCCUUUGGCAAAUGCCUGCUUGGGGGUGUGGAGGGGACGUCGUUUGUGGCGCAGAACCUCCCCUUUUUGGCUGGAUUCCAUAGAUCCAAGUACCUACUGAGAAGGAUAUCUUUAAAGUUUUCUUCUGCUUUGUGCUGUGAAGCAAGAAGCAGUAGGAGCCAGAUGCAGGGCUUCAAACAGUUCCCUGGCCCCAGGACAAAUGGAUGUAGGCCGUUACCUGGUUUCAUUCAUCCCCAGGCCCGGAAGGACAUUCUAUUCCAAUAAUUUGCUACCUUCAUAGCUCUCUGAAAGAGGAGGAGGAACAGAAAGCAUCGGGGGGGGGGGGUCCCAGAGAAGCAAACUGGAAUGCUUCUAAGCUGGCCUCGCUUUUUGAAUGAGAUGCUCCUGCGGUGGUGAUUUGGGGCAUAAUCCACUGUAAAUAUCUGCACGAAAGCAUGCUGAAACGAAGGGGGUUUAUUUUGACAUUGUACUACAGCUGGUGUAAGGGGUGGGGGUUUAAUGUAUGUCUGUCUCUUCUAUACGAAGGCUCAGGGGCUUAAGAACCUAUGUUGGCUUGCAUGUCAUGGGAGGUGGCUUUAGUUGGAUAAUUACGUAAUAGUUCUCAUUAAAAUGCUGCAAGGAGUUUGCUUUACAUACAAAGCAAGCUCCUCCUGGUUUUCAUGCACGAGUAGUGAAUUCUUUUUUUCUCUAGAGACAGUAAUACCAGGGGGAUCUUGCAUGUGUUGGUGGGGUAGCUGCAAAGCAUAGAUGUCUUUCCUUACCCCCCCUUCCCCAAAUCUCUUGUUAUCUGUGUUUCAUCAGUUCUCCUUUUUAUUUAGACUACCCUUAACGAACACUCAGACUGUCUUAGGCCACAUUUAAAGUGCUAUGAUACAACUUUAAACAGUCCCCCCAAAGAACCCUGGGAGUUGUAAGGCUGCCAAAAGUUGUUAGGACAUCUCCUAGAGCGGGCAUGCCAAAGUUGGCCCUCCAGAUGUUUUGGGACUACAACUCCCAUCACCCCUAGCUAACAGGACCGGUGGGUCAGGGAUGAUGGGGAUUGUAGUCCCAAAACAUCUGGAGGGCCAACUUUGGCCAGGCCUGUCCUAGAGCUACAAUAUCUCAGUGUGGUUUAACCAUCAAUCCCUCUUCACAUGGAACUCUGGGAAAUGGUAGUUCAGGGAGAGGAAUAGGGGCCUCCUGGCAUCUUUCGACACGCUUAACAAACUGCAACUCCCAGAAUUACUAUGGCAUCAUAGUGCUUCAAAAUUGUGCUGUGGAUGUGACCAAACAUAGGCAAUGAUAAAUCAGUAAAUAAUGUACUGUGCACACACAUAAUCCAUGAGUCAGAAACUUUAAAAAAAUAGCAACAAAGCUGAACUUUUUCAGAUUUCUGGGCAAAUGGGUGGUACCCUCUUGUAAUCACACCCUUUCCAAGCCGUGGGUAUAUUUGCAGUCCUGAUCUGCCCUGGCAGCUGCAAAUUUGCUUUUGCCUUUUUUUUUUUUUUAUGUGGGUA